AUUAAUUAUUUCAUUUUAAUAAAAAGAUAAAGCUGUGAAAAUAAAUUUGCUUAUUCGUUUCACGGUUUGUGAAAAAAUUUUACUGUUUGAAAUCUGGCAAGGAAACGUGAACCAAUUUGUAAACAAAGAAACCUGAACAACUUGAAAAAAACAAAGUAAGCUCUAGUUAAGAUGAGUAAAUCUAAAGCAGCAGCAUCUGCUCCUUAUCGAAAGGUCAUGAACUAUCCUUUAAUACAAACCUGUGAUAUGUCUGAAGAAAUGAAAACAGAUACCAUGGAUUUAUGUGUUACUUCGUAUGAAAAGCAUUCUACUGAUCAUGAGAAAGUUUCAAGAUUAAUCAAAGAGACAUUAGAUCAAAAAUAUGGGGCUUCGUGGCAUGUGGUGGUUGGAGAAGCAUUUGGAUUCUUUAUUUCUCAUGAUGCAAAACAUUUAAUGUACAUGUUUUUAGCUGGCAGCAAAGCCAUAUGUGUCUGGAAGUGCUCUUAAAAAGUUCUGUGUUAUUUUACAUGGUGCAAUAUAUGUUUUUACCUACUCCGUCCAUAUGUAAAUAUAUUAUUUUUUUUUUAAAUAUUUUAUACUCUUCUUCAAAGUAGUUGUGUUCAUUUUCCUAGUUUUCAUGGCAUGUGGUGAUUGGAGAAAUAUUUGAAUUCUUUAUUUUCAAGAUAAAAAAAAUAUGUAAUAUAGAUAUUUUUAGCUGACAACAAAACCAUGUGUCUAUGAAAGGGCUCUUGAGGAUUUCUGUGUUAUAUUAUAGUACAAUAUAUGUUUUUAUAUAUUCCAUUCGUAUGUGAAUAUGUUAUUUUUUAAAAUAUUUUAUUGUUAUUUCUAUGUAGCUAAGUUUAUUGUUUUGGUUAAAAUUAUAGUUUAUAUUUGUUAUAGAUUAUUUAGUCACAGAAGUGCAAAAGUUCAAAAUUAUUCUAUCGUUGUCUUGCAAUUAUGAUUAGUACUUUUUGAAGUUUGUUUUACAUUUAUUUGCUGAGUGUCCCAAAAUAUACUCGGAAAGAAAUGCUGUUAAAAAUUGGUUAUAAGAUUUUUUGAAAUAAUAUGACUUAAGUUUAUAUAUGUUUGUUUGUUUUUUCACAGUUAUUUUAUCAGGCUUAUGGCUUGUUUCAAGUUUGGUAAAAAUAAAUUUGUUUCCUUGAAUAUUUUUUCUUUUUUUAGUUUUAGCAUAAAGAUAUUCCAUCCAAAAAUAAUACUGAAGUUCAAUUCAAAAUAGUAACUGAAACUGAGAUAUUGGUUUUAAUUUGUGUUAUAGUAAACUCAUUUUUCAAUGGAAAAGUUAAAAUCAUUUUGAAAUUGAAAAAUUAAGCUAAAAAAUAUUAAAAUCAAGCGAAAGAUUUCUAAGCUAUGUGUGUUUCAAAUAUGAGGAAUGGCUUUAUGUGUUUUAAAGCUAUAAACGAAAAAUAUUUCUGUGUUAAUGCAUUGUAAGAUAAAAUAUUUUAUGUUUUGGAUAUUUUAAAAAGAGUUUCUGCAUUAUUUUGUUUGUUUUAUUCAAUUUUUUAAACUGAAAUUAUUAUCCUAUAAUAAUAACAAAAAUGACAUAAACAGUGGCAAACUGACUAUUUUCGGUUAUGUUAUGUAAUGACGUUAGGUAAUGACAAGGAUUAAAAAUUAAUUUUUUCAGCUUUAUUUAACAAGAAUCAUGCCAUUUCAUUAUGCUUUUUCUUUAUUCAUAAAUCAUUGUAAUAUCAUUUAUGCAUUUUUCAUGCUUGCAUUACUUCCACUAUUAAAUUUUCAUAAAAAUGUGUUAUAACCUGUUUUCAUAUUUUAGCAUAAAUAGUUUUCAAAAUAUAGCCAAGUCUAAUUAAAAAUAGUAAUUAGAUCAUUGGCUCUUAUUAGUGCCAUAACAGGAUUCAUUUAUUAUAAUUUUCACUUUCAACUUAAAAUAUCUUACAAUAAGAAAUAUGCUAUUUGUUCUUCUACUAAGACUCAAAACUAUGUGUGCUUAGAAAUCCUUAAAACGAGGAAAUCUUUUUGCAUCAUUUUUUGUAUAAUUCAGCAUGCAUAACGUGUUUAUUUCACAUUUUAAUAUUAGGUUUAUAAAUACAGUGGAACCCCAGUUUUCACUUGUUCUUUUCGUAUUUUAUUUAUUUAUUCUUGUGAAAUUGUCUAUACUGAUAAUGUUAAAAUAUCCUUGAUUUUACUCUACCCCGUUUGAGAAAAUAACGUAUCAAAACAAACGCUUUCUUAAUAACAUAUCAAAACUCUUUUUUUUUUGUUUUUUUGUUUACUAGGUUCACAUAAACUUUUUUCAAGUUUCUUUUUUUUUUUUUCUUUUCUUUUUUCUUUAAAUAGAGACUUUUAUCUUAUCUAUUUGAAGCUGCUCUUAAAUUCUUUCUGUUUAUUCUUAUUGUCCUUUUAUCCAUGAAAGAGGGUUUUCCCCUUGAUUUAAAAUCAGAAGAGAUGGGGAAUAGACAAAGCACAGAAUCCCCAUAACCGUAUCUCAUGGGCAUAUGAGAGCUUAAAUUGAAAAAUUGGAUUUUUUUUUAACAAACUUUGAAUCUUAAAUCCCCAUCAUUUAAAUAUCUCCCAUUUAUUUAAAUAUUGUUACCGGGUGCAACUGGUUAGGAAAUUAUUUCUUUUCCUUGAUUCCUGUGACCUGCAAGACUUUUCUUAAACAAAAAUAAAUGUUCUUGGAGCUCUAAUUUUUAUUUCUGCAGCUUUGGACAGCGUCAACAAAAAUACACAAAGCAAGCUUCUCAGUAUUCAAUGUAGAGACAUAACCCUUUGAUAGAAUAAGAUUAUGUGUCUUAAGGUAAAGAUCUUAUUCCAAGGCAGGUACAUCGAUUGGGACUCGUAUCUCGUUACUUUUUAAAUCCCUUUGAUAUCUGAUUUAAUGUCUGCUUUUGAUAAUAAUUGUAAGAAUUCGUACACUCAGAGGAUUGAGGGAUUCAAAGUAUAAAAACUCUGAAACAAUGUUUAUUUACAAAUAUAAAAGCAAAUUUGCAAAAAAUAGUUUUUAACAGGGUUUUGUUAAGAUUGCACCUAAAAACAAAAACGACUAAAAAUUGCACAUUUUUUCUAAUAGUUUAUAUGUCAAUUAUAAAUUUUUGAAAAUGAGCUUAGAAUUUUUUUUUUACCUUGAUUUUACGUUUUUCCCCAUCAUGGGUUUUUCCGCUUGCCCAACGAAAAAUUAGGAUUCUACUGUAUUAAAUAUAAGAGCUUUUUUACUGUCUUAAAUGUCUAUUCUCAUAUGUGUUUAAAUAAAGUUUCUACUUAGUCUUGUUUA